UACCCCGCUCCGGUCGGUCCGCACCGGGUCAGAAUAGUCCAGCCUCCCGGAUCCCCGGCAGGCCCGGAAGAGUGUCCACCGCUCCUGCGCGCAAGGCAGGCGGGCGGCACAGCCAUGCUCCGCAGACUGGCCCGGGCUGCGGUCCCGGGGCUCAGGGUGCCCUGGGCGCGGUGGUCUAGGAACUGGGCGGGGGUCCCGGCCCAAGUAGUAGACCUGCGCAGCGACACGGUGACCCGGCCAGGGCCGGCCAUGAGGCGCGCCAUGGCCGAGGCGCUCGUGGGAGACGACGAUUACGGAGAAGACCCCACGGUCCACGAACUGCAGGAAAAGGCUGCGAAGCUGCUUGGGGUGGAGCGGACCCUGUUUGUGCCCACCAACACCAUGGCCAACCUCAUCUCUGUGAUGGGUCACUGCCGGCGCCGGGGUUCCCAGGUCCUCCUUGGGCAGGAAUGCCACCUCCACGUCUAUGAGCAGGGCGGGGUGGCUCAGAUUGCCGGGGUGCACUCCCAGCCCCUCCCAGACAUGCCCCAUGGCACCUUGGACCUGAAUGAGCUGGAGAGAGCACUCACUCGGGGCUUUGGGAGUUCCUACCAUCCAGUCUGCGAGCUCGUGUGCCUGGAGAAUACACACAGCAGCGCCGGGGGCCGGGUCCUCUCCAUCGACUACCUCCGCCAGGUGCACCUCUUGGCCCACAUGCAUGGAGCUCGGGUCCACCUGGAUGGGGCACGGCUGAUGAAUGCAGCUGUGGCUCUGUGUGUGCCCCCUGCUCGCCUCGUGGAGCACUGUGACUCUGUGUCCUUCUGCUUCUCUAAGGGCCUCGGUGCACCAGUGGGGGCUCUGCUUGGGGGAGCCAAGGACUUCAUUGAAGAAGCCUGGCGCCUCCGCAAAGCCCUGGGUGGAGGCAUGCGGCAGGCUGGCGUACUGGCUGCGGCUGCCCUGGUGGGCCUGGCUGAGGCAGAGGAGGUGCUGCCAAGGGACCACGAGAAUGCCCAGAGAUUUGCUAAAGGACUCCAGGACCUGGCAUCACCCAUUUGUUCUGUGGAUCCUGUCACUGUGGAGACCAACAUAGUGCUGGUGCAGGUGGCUGGGCUGCCUCCCGCAGAGCUGUGCCAGCGUCUACAGGCUGUGAGCGCUGAGGAGGUGGCUCAGACUGGCUGUGCCGUGAGCGUGUUGCUGUUUCCCUGGACAGAACACUCCGUGCGGGUUGUGUGGCACCGAGACGUGUCUGCUCAGGACACGGAACUGGCCCUGAGGAAGUGGGAGUUUGUGCUGAGACAGUUGAGGCCCUGAGGUCAGGGAACCAGGGAUCCUGUGACCCUCUUAGGAUUGAAGUGGGGAGCCAUUAGCCUGGUGGAGGGUGACACCACUCAGCCUCUGCUUUCCUCCAGUGACUCUCAUGUGAUGGCCUCAUUCAGUCAGGAGUAACCGGGCACAGGCCAAGAUAAAAUGUGGCUGAAGGUCAAGAGAAGGAAAUGGGGGGCUGGAGAGAUGGCUCAGAGGUUAAAAGCACCAACUGCUCUUCCAGAGGACCUGAGUUCAAUUCCCAGCAACCACAUGGUGGCUCACAACCAUCCAUUAUGAGAUCUGGUGCUCUCUUCUGGUGUGCAGAUAGACAUGGAAGCAGAAUGUUGUAUACAUAAUAAAUAAAUAAAACGUUAAAAAAAUUUAAAAAAAGAGAGAAGGAAAUGGAAAUAGGAAACAGAUCCCCAGGCUGGGACAUGUAAUAUGGCUGCCUGGUGUGCAUCGGCCCUGGGUUCAAUCCCCAGCCCUGUAUAAACAGGUGCAGUUUAUACUAAUACUAGCAUGCUGGAGGAUUAGAAGUUCGAGGUCAUUGCCAGCUACAGAGUGUGACCCGAUCCUGGGCCACAUGAGACCCGUUCUCCAAACAAACAGAUCCUUAUGUGACGGGCAUAGUUAUUAGAGAUGGACUGUGAAAUAAAGUAUCGAAGGAGCUGUAUUGGUUACCUUUGUGUCCUGGCUAAAUAAAGACAGAAGCAACA